ACUGGCCCGGCGAGUCAUAUCCCGCUCAAGAAUCACGACUCUUCUCACCGUAGCCAUCAAUUCUCAUACUCUGAAAAUUGACGAAUUAUGUAGUUCACAUCUCUGUAUCGCAGUGCUUGUAAAUCGUGAACUGCCACAUCAUGCAAGGCAGCGCCAUGGCUUCACCACAAUCGGGCCGGAUGCUCGCCACCAAACCAACACUCUAAACCUCAAACCCAGUCAGCCCGUCCGUCGGCUUGUUGCGGGUACUCUACAUGCCCACGUUCUCGGCGCUACUACGCUAGCCAGCGACUGCGGGGAGAGAAAAGUACAGUACGUAGAGUAGAAUGGGAGGCCCCGAAGCUCUGGCCCACGCCCUGACGAUCGCGGGGGGCCCGGUCGCCCAUGAAUGCAAUUCCCAAGUCCCGGAAACCCUUCUUUUUCCCUUCCUUUCGCUAUUCCAUUCAGCCCUUUUCUCAUGCUCUCCUCUUUCUGCAACACUUCCUUUGGACGGGGACCCUGAAACACUCCACCUUUUUUCUUGUCGUCCUUUUCCCCAAUGCCGCAGAUGGUCGAUGUACCGCCCACCCAGAUCAGCAGACGCAGGACCCAGGCCGCCUGCGAUGUCUGCGUCCUCCGGAGAGUAAAGUGUGACGAGCAGCGGCCGUGUCGCGAGUGCCAGAAGCGAUGCCUCGAGUGCGUCACGCAGAAACAGCGUCGCAAGAGAGGACCAAAGGGCCCGCGUAUCCCCAAGGUAGAUAAAACAUCGCCAACACAAAGCACAAGUCCACCGCAGCAACCGAUUGUGCAUGCUGUCCCUGUGGCAGAGACCCCGGCGACCCCCUCGACACACGCAGUCCCUAGUAGCGACGAAUCUGCAGUCGCCGCGAUAUCCCACGACUCGAGCCUCUCACUAGACUUCACAUGCCACCAGGCACCGAUCCCGCUUAAAGUCUACCUGCACUAUUUGGAAAUCUUCCGUCGCCGGCUCUUCUCGAUAUGGCCCGUCGUCAAUAUCAGCCGCCUCAUUGCGCAAAUCUCAUCGCACAACGCCGACCCAGAGGCCUUUUCGCUGGCGUCGGCAGUAUGCGCUGCGACAAUUGCACAGCUUCGACUUGCGACACAUAGUUCUCACGAUUUUGCAAAGGAUGCGCAGCGCCGUCGCGAGACCUUUGACUAUCGCGAGCGGGCGACCAUGUCGUCGUUUCUGACGUCCUUUUUCCUGCAUAUGUACUACGCCAACACGACGAAAUUGAUGACGGCGGGGUUGUUGUUGCGCGAGGCGAUUGCAUAUGCACAUAUUUUGGGACUAGAUCAAGCGGAUGUGCGCAAAACCGAUGACCUGUCGGAACAUGCGCUCAACGUUCGAGCGUUUUGGCUACUUUUUAUGACGGAGCGGACGUUUUGUAUCCAGAAUAACCUCCCCUCGACACUUCACCCCAUCGAUACGAUCCCGGAUAGCCAAGAUUAUGUAGAGGGCGUGGACCUCGUUGCGUUUGCUAGUCUGACGAAGCUGUUUUCGCAUUUACACGCUGCGAUUGCGUCGCCGUCACGGCGCCGUCCGCGAAGAGAAGGCGACUCGCCACCCACAGUGAAUCGAACAAUUGGCGCUUACAACCCCGGCGACGAGGCGAAGCAGGGUCUAGGCUUCAACGAGACACAGCGAGCAGAUUUGUGCAUCACGAGGCACUGGAUCCGGAUUCUGGCGUGGGAAUAUCUUUUGGGACAGUGCGCUGCAUCGUAUUCGUCUGAUUCUGUUUUUUCCUUGUUUCUCCCUGUUACAGUCGGGCAGGAGAUUCUGUCUACGUUUGCUGCUAUUGACGCUAGUGCCAUUCGUUCACAUGGCUACGGCAUGGAAAUCAAGCUGUUCAAGGUCGCCGACAGUGUAAUUGAUGUCAUGACAUGCGCACCGCGAGCCGCCUGGUCCGACGGCAUGCUCUUGGGAUCUGGCGAUGUUCUCCAAUCCCUAAUGACUACGCUUGGUGCCGUUGGUGGCGCACAAUCUAAAUUUAUGAGCAAGCUGCAGUCUCGCCUUGCUACGCUAGAUGCUGCACCGUCUCCAUCUUGUGGUCUACUGCUAACCCACGGGCCUUACGAGGAAGCGGAGCAAGUCAUUGAACAGGGGCUCGUCCCGUAAGGACGCUACGUUGUAUAGUUCAAUGAAAAAGACAAACCUGUAGCAGUGUUGGUGCUGCUUGGGAUGAUAAUGCCCUUUAUACUGAUAUACAGUACUAUACCUAGUAACCGUAAAACCCCCGCGAAUCGCCUUGGCUGGGAGGCGUUCUGGGGUAAGCCGUAAGCCGGUGGCGUGUAGUAGAUCAAAGGGCCGAUUAUGGCGAUGUUGGUAGCGUGGUUGUGCGUGAGAAACCCCGCUCGUGGGUAAAUCCUUGCCGGUUUGUGGUUAGGCCCAUUAUAGAGCUGUGGAGUUAUAUUUGCGGCCGCCGACAAUAAUUGGGCACGGCUAUUGUUGGAGCGAAACGUUUCAUCGGGACAUGCAUCCGAUUUGCCAAGAUGCUUUGUUUUGUUUGGUUUUGGUGGAUGGGUAGCCAUAUUUUGUAGUUUCAAUUCGUCUGUACCAAUUAUAAAAUACACAUAAAUCAG